GCCUCGGGCCGCGCCGCCUCCCCCCAGCACCGGGCGAGGGGACAGCUCCGGGGCGGCUCCGCGUUAAAGGGCGGCGGAGCGGGGAGAGGCAGAGACAGAGAGAGAGAGAGAGAGGAGGGGAGGAGGCGGCCCGCAGCGCUGGGUGACGGAGAAGAGGGAAGGGAGCUUCCAGGACAAAGUGGAGCUUUGGCAAAAAUAGCUCUUUCCAGGGUUAGGCUUCUUUUUUUUUUUUUUUUUUUUUUUUUUUUUUUUUUUUUUUUUUUUUCUUCUUCUUUCAGCCGAGCGCCCCGGGGAAGUGCUCCCAUCCCAGCGGACACCCAAGCUGUUGGCCUGAGGGGCACCUGAAGCAGAAUGUACCAGGGACACAUGCAGGCAGUAGGUGAAACCUUGAAGAAAAAGUGGCUCUGUCUUCAAAAAAGUGACCUGACCUUUGCUUUGGGGAAAGGCGCUAGGGCAGCCGAUAAGGCUGUUGCCAUGGUGAUGAAGGAGAUGCCGAGGGAGGAGUCGGCGGAGGAGAAGCCCCUCCUCACGGUGACGUCACAGCUGGUGAAUGAGCAGCAAGAAAGCAGACCACUUCUGAGCCCCUCCAUUGAUGACUUUCUCUGUGAAGCUAAACCAGAAGCUGUUGCAAGGCCUGUAACAUCAAAUACUGCAGUGUUAUCAACAGGUUUGGAUCUAUUGGAUCUUAGUGAACCUGUCUUACAAACCCAAAACAAAGCAAAGAAAUCAGAGAAUCCAUCAAGAGGUGAAGGCUUAAAAGCUUCAACCCACAGAAAGAAGACAGACAAUUCUGACCUUAUCAAUGUGGACACUGAGCAGAAAGUCCAGACCGUCAGAGUUUCAGACAAGUCUUCACUAGAUUUAGUUGAUAUCCAGACACAGCUAGAGAAAUGGGAUGACGUCAACUUUCAUGGAGAGAGGAGCUGCAAGGUCCACCCUUCUGCAGAACGAACAUCAUCAUCUAGAGCUCCAUCCAAAGAGCUUUUAUGGUCCACAGAAAAUAGAUCACAGUCUGAGCUGACUAAUGUCAAGAGUGCCUUGGACGCUGAUUCAACAUCAGAACUAGAACUUGCACCUGCAAUACAGGCACGAUCAUCUAAGGAGCAGCGUUGGGGAGGGCCUCUUCUCUCUAGAAAUCACUCCCUGGAAGAAGAAUUUGAAAGAGCAAAGGCAGCUGUUGAGUCAGACACCGAGUUUUGGGAUAAAAUGCAAGCAGAAUGGGAAGAAAUGGCUCGCAGGAACUGGAUUUCAGAGAACCAGGAAGCACCAGGACAAGUCACCAUCUCAACCAUUGAGAAGGGAUAUUAUUUUCAUACAGAAAAUCCCUUCAAAGACUGGCCAGGUGCUUUUGAAGAAGGACUGAAAAAAAUGAAAGAAGGUGACCUGCCAGUCACAAUCUUGUACCUGGAGGCUGCUAUUCUACAAGAACCAAAUGAUGCAGAGGCCUGGCAGUUCCUGGGUAUAACACAGGCAGAGAAUGAAAAUGAGCAGGCAGCCAUUGUCGCCCUCCAAAGGUGCUUGGAACUACAGCCAAACAACCUAAAAGCUCUGAUGGCACUAGCUGUAAGUUAUACCAACACUGGCCAUCAACAAGAAGCUUAUCAAGCUCUAAGAAACUGGAUAAAGCAAAAUCCAAAAUACAAGUAUAUAGCGAAAAGCAAAAAAGGGUCCCCAGCACUUACCAGGAGAAUGUCUAAAACAUCAGAUGAAAGCUCAUUACUUGAAGAAGUAAAGGAUUUAUACCUAGAGGCUGCUCACCAGAAUGGUGAUAUGAUAGACCCUGACUUGCAGACAGGACUUGGAGUUCUUUUCCACCUGAAUGGAGAAUUUAACAGAGCAAUAGAUGCAUUUAGUGCUGCUUUAACUGUUCGUCCAGAGGACUAUACAUUAUGGAACCGUCUUGGAGCAACCUUGGCAAAUGGGGAUCGAAGCGAAGAAGCCGUUGAGGCCUACACACGCGCUUUAGAAAUACAGCCUGGCUUCAUUAGGUCCAGAUACAACUUAGGCAUAAGCUGCAUCAACCUAGGGGCAUACAGAGAGGCUGUCAGCAACUUUCUCACUGCUCUCAGCUUGCAAAGAAAGAGCAGGAAUCUACAGCAGGUUCCCCAUCCUGCUUUAUCAGGCAAUAUUUGGGCAGCACUUCGAAUUGCUCUGUCUAUGAUGGACCAGCCAGAACUGUUUCAAGCUGCCAAUGUGGGUGAUCUAGACAUUCUGUUAAGAGCAUUUAAUCUAGAGCCGUAGUAAAAAGCAUCCACAAAUUGAUUAAGUUGUAUUAGGAAACAGAGAACUCUUUUAUUACUCAUCUCAAAAUGACAACAUCUUCCAAAAGAUCACAGCUGUAGAUCGGUAGGGGAAUUCUCUUGGACAUUAUUCAAAAAGGAAAAGUUCAAAAGCACAAGAUAUUGUAAAUAGGCUCAAACUCAAAAGAUCAAAAUGAGCUGCAGCUAAUCUGACAGAGCCCUGAACUCAAAGAAAUAGCCAUUUCUGAAGAAUCUUCAUUCCAUGCAAGCUAUCUCUCUCUAUAUGUACACCGCUAUACAAAGAAAAAUAUAUUAAGAACAAACCUAGGUAAUCAUUAUUGCACAUUUAGAAUGGCAAGCAACGCAUCCAAGAAACCUGCUUAGCAGCUCAUCACACUAUACUGACAUCACUUUGCCCUACAACAUGGAUUCCCUGUCCUUUUAGUUUCUUUGAAAAAUCUUCUCGAGGUCCAUCUUCAACAUAGCUCUGAAAAUAGAUGCAUGUAAAAUGGAUGUAUUUUGUUUUGAAUAUAUUUAUUAGUUAGCAGUCAAGAAAAUCUUGCUUCUGAAGGUACCUUGAUUAAUUUGGGCCAAAUUCUGCAGGCUCACAGUGUUGUAAACUACGUGCAAUAUUAAGAACAUUGUACAUGGAGGUCUAUGACAUUAGGCCAUGUAUAUAUUGGAAGGACAAGUGUUUCAAGCAGAAGCAGUAAUUUGCACUAGAAUUGUUGCUGUUUAAACCAGCUCUCUCUGAUCAUGGACGGAGUAUUUCUGCUUCUAAGGAGCUCAUAGCAGGAUCUGCACCUAUCUACGUGUACUUAUGCACUUUAAUCUUUCUUUUCGUAAAAUUGUGCUGUGCUUUAUUUUUAUUUUAAUUACUAACAGCAGAAUGUACAGGAUAGCCUUGUUGGCAUAGAGGACCAAAUAUCGUUUCAUGAAAUGUGAUGAGGGUUUUCAAUAUUCUUAUGUUUAAAAAUGCAAAUACAGUAUAAACUGCAAUAUCUAUUAGAAAGAUUAUUCUAUUAUGCAUCAGGUACUACACACAUGCAUGCAUGUGCAUGCACAUACAUAUUAUGUGAAUUAUGUCAUUUCAGAACAUAACAAGCCACAGAUCUUUAUUGCAAAUAAAGAAGUCUUUAUAGGAGUUAAUGCCUGCAGACCAUGCUUGAAGGAUUUUUUUUUUCCUGAAAAGAAUGGUCUAAAUAAUGCUUGUAGGAUUGGAACUGAGAUUUAAUCCUGCUGUUAUGGCAAACAGUAGCAAAAGUUUCAGUGAACUCUAUGACUAAAUGACUAAACAAUUAGCAGACUAAAUCCUUAGAUAAUAUCAGUAUUUGAAGCUACUUAAAAAUAUGUAUGCAUAUCAUCUUAAUUUUCCCUGAUUGGAUGAAUGAGGUACAGUAUUAAAGGAGGAGGCUGCACUGCCACAUGAUGAAUGGAUCCAUUUGGGCACAGUGCAAACAUGCUUAGCUUGAGGUAAAUGUGUCGAUCAAAUACAGGAAUAUCGUUUUUUAUGGGGAUAACUCUCAGUUGCCAAUAUUUUUAGUACUUUUCUUAAACAGUGGAAGAACGAGAUGUAACUGGGUAGCUACUGUGUCGAUUCAUGGUCAGGAACAUAACGUGCAGGGUGGCCACUGGAAUGUGACGAAGUGGGACAAGCAGCACAUUUCCUAUAAACAGCAGUAGGGA